AUGAAGGUCUUGUGUGUGGCGGAAAAGCCUUCGAUUUCGAAGGCUGUUGCCGGUCACCUCUCUGGCGGAAGCAUGCAAACGCACAACACCCGAAGCCAGUACAUCAAGAACUACUCGUUUGAUUUCGACUUUGGACAACCCCUGGGCCCAUGUUCCGUCACCAUGACCUGUGUCACCGGCCAUCUAACCGAUGUCGAGUUUACCAGCGAGUACAGACAUUGGAGCUACCCUCCACCCGAAACUUUAUUCAGCGCUCCCAUAGUCACUAAUAUUCACGAUGAUAAAAAAUCCAUAGCCAAGAAUCUUGCGGAUCAAGCCAAGUGCGCACGGUUUCUGAUCAUAUGGACUGAUUGUGACCGUGAAGGCGAGCAUAUUGGUCAAGAAAUCGUGAACGCAGCUCGCAUAGGCAACGCCAGCAUACAGGUCAAGCGAGCCAAGUUUAGUAACGUCGAACGAGCAGACAUUGUCCUGAAGUACGAAGACGCCCCUGACCAGUGCCUCUUAGGAUCUUGUCAGUUUCCAACCUUGGGUUUCGUGGUUGACAGAUACUUUCGUGUCAAGAAUUUUGUCCCUGAGCCUUUCUGGAGCAUUAGCCUGAUGCACAAUCGUGACGGCAAAAAGGUCAACUUCAGCUGGGAAAGGAGCAGACUUUUCGACCGCAUGACAACCAUCAUUCUGUACGAAAGAUGUCUCAUGGCAAAAACAGCAAAGGUAAUCAACGUACAGGAGAAGCCGACACGGAGAUACAAACCUCUGCCUCUGACAACUGUCGAACUUCAGAAAGCCGCCACUCGCCUUCUUCGAAUGAGUGGUCAACAGGCCAUGACGACUGCUGAAGGUCUGUACAAUAAAGGGUUCAUUUCAUAUCCUCGCACCGAGACCGAUCGAUUUGAUAAAGGAAUGAAUCUGAAGGCUCUUGUUCAGAAACAGACUCCGGACCAGCGGUGGGGUCAAUUCGCCCAAAAUUUGGUUAACGGAGCGUUCAAACAACCCAGGGAAGGCAGGCACGACGACAAGGCACAUCCACCAAUUCAUCCGAUUACCUAUGCCGCACCAAGUGUUCUCAGCCCUGACGAAGGGCGUUUGUACGAAUACGUUGUCCGGCGAUUUCUAGCAUGUUGUUCGGAAGACGCCAUCGGGAUGGCUACUACUAUCGAUCUCCAGUAUGGAGACGAAUUUUUCGGCUCGCAUGGUGUUAUUGUGCUGGAAAGAAACUACCUUGACGUGUUUGUAUAUGAAAACUGGGACAAUCAUGAACUACCAAGAUUUGCUACAGGCGAAGUCUUCCAACCUACUGAAGCGAUAAUGUCAGAGGGAAAGACUUCACCACCGGGUUACCUCACAGAGGCUGACUUGAUUGCGUUAAUGGACGCCAACGGAAUCGGAACAGAUGCUACGAUGGCUGAGCAUAUUCAGAAAAUACAAGACAGAGAAUACGUUGCUACUAUCGGUGGUGGUGGUGCGGUGGCGGGUGAGGAUGACUACGGAGUCCAAGAUGAAGCUUCAUCGUCUAGAGGAGGGAGAGGAAUGGGCAGAGGCCGUGGAAGUAGAGCGCGUGGAGCUUCGACCUCGACUGGCGGCCGAAGAAGUGGCCUUCGUGUCUUCAUUCCAACGCAACUCGGCGUAGCCCUCAUUUUGGGAUAUGACCGAAUGAAUCUUGAAACUAGUCUCGGGAAACCAUUUCUGCGCAAAGAGAUGGAACUCAAAAUGAAAGCAAUAUGUGAUGGCAGAACAACGAAGGACGUUGUGUUGCGUGAGAGCAUAACUCAAUACCGGCAGGUUUUUAUGCAGACGCAGGAAAAGCUAGAUGUUCUUCGAGCAGCAUGUCGCGAAUUCGUGUUUGCGCAGCCCGUUAGCUGA